AUGGCCGCAGAUCUCAGAUCAUUUCUUGGAGGAUUUGCUGCUUGCCUCGUUGUUGUGGUAGGCAUCCUCCUCCACUCUUUCAUCUUUGAUCCUCGCCCGUACGUCUGGUCCUUCGUGACUGGGGCGGGAUCAGUCAUCUGCGGGUAUAGCUUCGUGAAGUACUAUGCUGCUAAGAAGGCGGAGGCCAUCUUGCAGUCCGAAGCGAAACCUAUCGUCCUUGUCCAACCUCGGAUCAUCCAUGGCGAACACGCAGUACUGAUAUCUGGAUGGAUCAGUGUGAGGAGACAAUUCGCCCCAAAAGACGGAUUCUGGUCACUGUACUCCUCCAGCAGAUUCACGAGCUCGGAUUACUCCAUCCUAGAAAAGGAGACGUCCUCCAUCGCUGGCACCAGUGUCAAGGGCAACACUGGCACUGAGGCCGCGAGGAUGAUUGGUUCAUACCGAACCAUUGCAGAGCUCAAAGGACAGGAGAAGUCCCAGAAUGCCAACGAUCUCUACUAUGCCGAGAUCAAGGGCAGGACGUUGUCACUUUACGAGGACGAAACGAUGACUACGCGCAUCACCCAGGUUUCUCUGAAAUCACGGACUGUCUCUAUCGAAAACAAGCGCGGCGCUUUCGAUGGCAAAGACAGUCAGAUGUUCAACAAGAGAAACAUGAUCGUGCUCAAAUCUGUCGAGUCUUCGUCCUCGUCCUCGGAGAGCGACAGUGAUGAGUCUGCAUCAAAGUCUGGCCCCAAGAAAGACUUUGAUGGUUCGACCAUCUACUUGGGCGGAUGUACAUCGUUGUCGGCCUUCGAGGACUGGUACCUGGCCUUGGUGCACGUCUGUAAAAACGGUGCGGACGCGAUGCAAGUCUUCAACCUCAGCGACUGGCAGAGGCUGGCCAAAAUGGUCGACACUGAGACCGAUGUCGGUCAGUCGAGGUGGCUGAAUGCAUUCGUGGGUCGAGUAUUCUAUGGAUGGUACAAAACGAGGGCAUUAGAAGAGGCCGUUCUCGCAAAGUUGUCGAACAAGAUCGCCCGACUAGAUCCGAAUCCUUACCUGAAGGAUAUUGCGGUGACAGAGUUCAAUAUCGGGACCACACCUCCUUGGUUCUCGAAUCCUGUGCUAAAAGCCACUGAUAGUGAUGGCUCGGUGUCUUUCGUCGUGAAGGUCCGGUAUCAGCCCAAUCUCGACGAGCCUAACGGCGCCUUGAGAAUAACUGGGUCUGCAACCUUUCCGGUCCGGCUUUAUGUGAAAGACUUUAACCCGACCAUCACUAUCUCGGCGACGCUGCAAUACUUGGAAGGCGACAUGGAAUUCCUUAUCAAAGGUCCGCCUUCCAACAGAGUCUGGUACGGGUUCAUCACCCCACCGAAGCUGCAAUUAGAUAUUGCACCUCAUGGGACGACCCUUCGGGCGAUCGGCAACGUAAGCGCAGUGAAAAACAUAGCCAACAAAUUUAUCCUCGACGCGCUCGUCAAAUCCGUCGUCUUGCCGAACAUGGACGAUACGGCCUUUUUCGAUACGGCCAAUGAACCAAUUCGAGGCGGAAUCUUUUCCUACCUGGCGAGAGAGAUCCCAUCCCAUCCUCUCAGUGAGCCCGUGAUUCCGCCAGUCUCCACCUCGUCGUCGCUUCAGCAAAAAGCAGAGCUGCUGAGGAAACGAUUCGGCAAGUCCAGAGCCACCUUACCCGCCAAUGGUAAUGUGGAGGAGGUUAUUCCAAGAGUCGACUCAGCGCCCGCGGAUAUGGUGCGACCGACAUCCAGGUCGAUGACCAAGGCUUCCAGUCGGAUGUUUGGUUGGACGGCGAAGUCGAGGUCCAGGUCCAGGGAAGAGGCUGUCGUGGAGGAUGAUCGCAAAACUGUCAAGUCUGUAGCGACGACCCUGACUAUGGAGAGAUCGCCAGCUCAACCCGAGGCGACUUCCUCCGAGGUCUCCCUCCAGUCGACAGAGUCAGCUCCGACGGUUUUCACGGCCACUGCAAUCACCCACGAGCCACUCUCUCGUUCUUCUUCCAACGAGUCGUCAUCAUCGAAGUCCCUCCAAAAAGUCAUGUCGGGCAUCAUGCGCGUCUCGUCGAAAGAGGGUAAGCCGAGGCCCGUCUCACCCCCGAAGCCGAAAACAGCACCGACCCCGCCUCUGAAGCCAGAAGAGGACUCCCCAGAGCGUCCAACUGCUUCCCUGUUCUCGGCUCUUCGAUCCAGGGACAAGAGUCAGCCUCUCUCCUCGCAGGCGAAUUCGGUGAUGCAGACUGGAUUGGCGUCUUGGAGGGAUAUGAGGGCUCGUCGGGCGGAAAAGCACGGGCACGCGGCUGAAAAGCCGCCUGCCUUGUAUCGACCUCUGGACGCGGACGAGGUCGCUAUGGCGGCUCACACUCGGACAGGAAGCUCCUCUGGGUCCCUCGAGCGGACAGUGUCGCCAACUAUGACACUGCAGGAGCGAUUGAAUGCCACCGUGCAGGCGACUUCGGCCAUCCCCGUGCAGCAAUCCUCGUCUUCGACUUCGAACACCGCCAAUCGGGAUCGAGCAUCGUCUUCCGCCUCGAAUUCCCGAGGUAAUCGACCCUCUCUGGUUGGAUCCCCAUCUCAGAAACCAGCUCAAGCAUCUACCUCGCUUCCAACGGGUGGUUGGACGCUGGAAUCUUCGGGUCCGACAACGGACGUCACGAUGCCGAUACUGCCAGACCCGAGGGGGGAUUCUCAACGGCCUCCUCAGAGCUCACCGGCCUCCAGCACGGUCUCUAAGCAGCCAUCCGCUGGCAAAAGCAUGAUUGUCCCGAGGGUUCCGAAGCGGCCGGGCCAGGUCGUGGGGAUCGGGUCGUUUGGUGAAGGCAAGGUGACCCGGAGAUUUUCGGCAGGCGAUGAGGGCGUUGAGGAUGGUGGUGGUGGAGGCAAGCCUGGUGUCCAGAGGUCUAUAGCGGACGACGCGAAGUCUGAGAAAGGAGGCGAGGAGAAGCAGGCGUCUGUGGAUGGGAUCUCCGCGACGACCCAGACUAUCACAACCACAACGGCUGCGACGACUCAGACAAAGUCAGCAAGUGUUCCGCUGCCCAAGUCGAGCCAAAUUCAGCCUUCUGAGGACUCCAGGGAUGAGGUAGAAUCGAUACCGGCGAGGGACAGUGAGACCUCGGCAUCAGAGUCGAUCAACGCAACUACAGGCGCCACCUCAGCUCCAUCUGUCUCUCCCGCCAUGCCGUCAACACCUCCUCAACCGAGUCAUGAGGAUCUUGAGAGCUCCUCAGCUGAGACAGGGACAUCAGGAAACAUUGCCAGAUCGCCCGAAGACUCUGGCUCGAGCCAGUUCAAUGGUAUGGAGGGUACCUUGGAUGACCCGCCUCUCCAAUCACCCGCCGAACAGAAUUUACGGCGGUUAGUCCGUGAAUCAACCGCAGAGCCGUGA